AUGUCUUCACAACAACUCAUUACAGAGGAAGGCUUUGACUUGCACGAUCCACCAACAGAUGGCAUUUCUAGCCUAAAUUUUUCAACCUUGAAUCAUGAUUUGCUACUGGUUACAAGUUGGGAUAAAUCCGUUAGAAUUUACAAUGUCAAAUCCAACUCUUUAGUUACCAAGUAUGAACAUCAGACAAGUGUAUUGUGUGGAUGUUUUUCUAAUGGUGAGGAGUGUACAUUUAGUGCUGGUUUGGACGGAAAAUUGGUCAAAUACAAUAUGAAGAGUGGAGAACAAAGUGUGAUUGGAACAUUUCCUGAUUUUCACAAGAGUGCUAUCAAGUGUAUUUCAACAAUUCCUGGAACACCAGAGAAAAUCAUAACUGGAAGUUGGGAUGGAACAAUCAAGCUCUGGGAUACUCAACAGAAUACAUGCAUACAGACCUUGGACCUGACCAAAAAGGUCUACAGCAUGGAUGUCACUCCUGAUGGAUCUAAAUUGGUGGUAGCAUCCCAAGACUUGCUCAUAUUCAUUGUGCAUAUUCAAAAAGAUUCCAAUCAACCUCUCUCCUUACAUAUUAGAAAGCAAAGUGGAUUGAAGUAUCAAACCAGAGUUGUCAAGUGUUUUGGUGACAAUAAUUCUUAUGCUAUCGGAUCUAUUGAAGGAAGAGUAGCAGUAGAAUACUUUAACAAUUCAAAUUCGAAUUAUGCUUUCAAAUGUCACAGAAGUCAAACAGGACAACAAGCUGUAGAAACACUCUAUCCAGUCAAUACUAUUGAUUUCAAUCCAAGACAUCCAAAUAUAUUUGUAACAGGUGGUUGUGAUGGUGUAUUAAUGUUCUGGGAUAAGGAUAAGAAGAGGAGGGUUUCUCGUUCAGCACCCUAUAGUACAAGCAUUGCUGUAUUGACUUUUAGUACUAGUGGUGAAUAUCUUGCAUGUGCCGUUUCCUAUACUUGGGAAAUGGGAAACAAAUCUCAUCCAUCUGAUAGAAUUAUUGUAAAGAAGGUUUACUCAUAA